UUGCUGUUCAUUUUUACAGCCGUGCCACGUUUUAUCGUUCCAUCUUGUUUCCAGAACCCUAGCUCGUUCUUUAGCUGCACACCCCUCGCGCGAAAUCUCCUCCGUAUAUCUAACAUCGCCUCAAAAGUUUCCCCCAUCUCUCAGGAAUUUCAUUCUUUCUCAAGCGUUGCUCGCCGUUGUCCACAAGAAGGAGUUCCUUGGUUGCGAAAUCAUUUGCUUCCCAGAUCUCCAGAAGCCACAAUUCCCUGAAUACCCAAUUCCCAAGAGUGCUCUAAUUGUAGGUGAAAUUUGAAUUGUUGUUGCUUCAUCAUGGAUUCGGCAGAAGCAGAGUAUGCAGCAUUUCAGGAGAGGGUGAGUCGGACUGUUUACAUGGACAACCUAUCGCCACAGGUCACCGAAGCUGUCUUGAAGACUGCACUCGGUCAGUUUGUGAAUGUGAACAAAGUUCAUAUCAUUCCGAACUACACGCACCCAAGCGAUGCAGCGGGUCGUGCCUUGGUUGAGAUGGAGAAUCCAAAGCAGGCUGAGCAAAUUGUGCGUGACAUGGGUAACUUACCAUUCAUGAUGUCAGGGAUGCCAAGACCCAUCCGGGCACGUGCUGCUGAUCCGGAGAUGUUUGAUGAUCGUCCAAGGAAACCUGGGAAAAGGAUUACUUUCCGGUGGUUGGACCAGCAGGACCCUGAUUUCCAGGUUGCGAAGAAGCUCAAGGAUCUGACAAGGAAAAAUGCUGCGGAAGCGUCAUUCAUUAUGGAGCGGCAAGUGGGUGAAGAAGAGAAGCUUGCAAACCAACAGUGGAAAACUCUGAAGGCGAAUUACAAGAAAUAUGAGCUGAUAGAUGGGGUUCUGGGCGAUGGGACUGCUUUGCGAUUAGCAGAACGUUAUAACACCCGAAUCUUUGAUGAUAAAUAAUCCUUACAUAACCCUCCCCUGUUUCUACUAUCCCCAGAAUCUUUGAUAGACCUGUUUUUUGUUUGAUUUUGGACUCAAAAGAGUGCUGCUACUUUCUAUUUGUACAAUUCUAAUCAAAUAAUGCAUUAAAUCCCUCCCUUUCGGCC